CUUUUCCACACACUAGACGUGAAAGCAUUGAUUGUGUACGGGAUGCACUGGUGCCUGGUAACGUUAUGCUGUGACAUGAAUGCAGUGGACCUGUGCAGCUCUUGCGGGGACUGUCUCUAGAUAUUACUAAGCUCAUGUGAGGCUCUUUAGCAUUAAAAGUGCACUAAUGAUGCACUACUCCAACUGGCUCAUAGGCGUGAAAAACAGAGCAAGCCUUCGAAAUGCAUGCAAAACACCACCUAACACCGACUGGAACAGCAGGGGAAAUGUUGUCGACAUGCAGAACAACAACCCGCAGCCAAAUGAAAAGACAUCCGAGCUAGCGGUCGCCACCCACCUCUGGAAAAAAGGCUACAAAACAAUCAAGAAGAUCGGGGAGGGCACAUUUUCAGAGGUGGUGAAAACUCAGAGCCUGAAAGAUGGGAAGUUCUACGCAUGUAAAACCAUGAAGCAGACAAUUAACAGUCUGGAGCAGGCCAAUAACCUGCGGGAAGUCCAGGCCAUGAAGAGACUGAGCCCACAUGCAAAUAUCAUCCAGCUGCAUGAACUGAUUUAUGACAAAGAAACUGGAACUGUGUCUUUGAUUUGUGAGCUGAUGGAGAUGAACAUCUAUGAGUUCAUACAAGGAAGAGAAACACCACUGCCUGAUCACACAGUAAAGAACUACAUGUACCAGCUUUGCAAGUCACUUGAACACAUGCACAGCUGUGGGAUCUUUCACCGAGACGUGAAGCCGGAAAACAUUCUCAUCAAACAAAGUGGUCUGAAGCUUGGUGACUUCGGCUCAUGUCGGAGCGUGUACUCCAAGCCCCCGCACACAGAGUACAUCUCCACACGCUGGUACAGAGCGCCAGAGUGCCUCCUCACCGAUGGGUACUACGGCCUAAAGAUGGACAUGUGGAGUGCUGGUUGUGUCUUCUUUGAGAUCAUGAGUUUGAAUCCUCUCUUUCCUGGAACCAAUGAGCUGGACCAGAUUGCCAAGAUCCAUGACGUGUUGGGGACACCAGAUCAAAGUAUCCUCCACAAGUUCAAGCAGUCUAGAGCGAUGCAAUUCAACUUCCCCCCGAGAAAAGGCAGCGGCAUCUCACGGUUAGUCCCUCACUGCCCGGCUCCAGCUCUGUCACUGCUCUAUCAGAUGCUCGCCUAUGACCCUGAUGAACGCAUCACUGCAGAAACAGCCCUGCGGCACACAUACUUCAGGGAAGUCAGGCUGGCAGAGAAGAAAGCCGAGACUCUUCACAGAGUUUCUGGGACUGUGGGUGGAGUAGAAAGCAGUGGCACACACAACUCCUUAGACCACAUCUGGCGCCCAGCCAGACUAGGCAAACAGCUGAGGGGAAGACACACAAGGCAAACCCCUUUAAUGAGCCACAACAUGAAGCAUGUAGCAGAGCCCCUCAUCCGACGGAACAUCCCUCAUUAUCCCGCAGAGCUGCCCAAACUCAACAUGGUUGUACCAGGACCGCAGAUCUCCUUCCCAGCCUCCACUAUGCCCUCAUUUACUGUAACCCACCGGGGCACACUGCCAACCAUCACAUCGAAAAAGUGCCAGUCACGGUUGGUCAAGCCCCGGGAUGAGUCACACUGCAAUGCUUUCAAGACCUUCUACAUGCCACCUCUGGAUCGGAAACAUGGAGGCUACUGAGAGCCAAAAACACUUCAACGUUUGAUUAAAAAAAAAAAAAAGCCUCU